AUGAUCAAAUUCACUGCAUUCACUGUGUUAUGGUUUGUUUUCUUAACAGGUAAGAUUGAUCUUGAUCUCUACGCAAGAGCACAUUCAAAUGUAAGCUGCCUUGAGAGCGAACGAAAGACUCUCAUCGAGUUUAAGAAAGGUUUAAUUGAUAAAUCAAAUCGUUUGGCAUCCUGGACCGGAGAAGAUUGUUGCUCAUGGAAAGGAGUUGGCUGCAGCAGGAACACUGGGCAUGUAGUGAAACUUGAUCUUCGCAAUAAUGCUACUUUUGAUUCUGAUCGAUUUUUGUAUGGGGACGCGCAAAAUUAUGCCUCUAUCCUGCGUCAAUCUUGCUUGGGAGGCCAGAUAAGUCCUUCGUUAGUGAAUCUGCAGCAUUUGCAUUACUUGGAUUUAAGUUCGAAUUAUUUUGCAGGAAUUCGGAUCCCAGCAUUUAUUGGGUCCUUGAAAAAUUUGAGAUAUCUCAGCCUCUCUAGUGCAGGUUUCAAUGGGACAAUUCCUCCCCAGUUAGGAAAUCUCUCAGCCUUAGAAUAUCUCGAUCUUGGUGAAAAUUUUGGAGGUUUUAGUGCUUCGAUAAGUCUUCAUUCUUUGUCAACAAAGAGUCUCUGGUGGGCCACUAGUCUUUCUUCCUUGAAACAUUUGGACCUCUCGGGAGCGGACCUAGGAGAGGCUCGAGACUGGUUGCAAGCACUUAACAAGCUUCGUUUCUUAUCCUCGUUAACAUUACGACUUUGUCGUAUUUAUUCCUUUCCUUAUAUUGCACACCCUAAUUUCACAUCUCUUACCUCACUUGACCUCAGUGGCAAUGGAUUUAACUCCACGAUCCCUCUCUGGUUGUUUAAUUUGACUUUACUCGUUCAUCUCGACCUUAGUAACAACCGUUUUUUUGGUCCAAUAGUUCCUAACAGCCUUCAGCAUUGGAGUUCACUAAGCUACCUCGAUCUUAGCCUCAAUCAAUUCAAUACUUCACUGCCCGAUCCACUUUUCACUUUGAACAAUCUUGUCCAUCUGGACUUGUCUAAUAACCAAAUCCAAGGCCCACUCCCCUUCGGCAUAGGCAACCUGACUUCUCUCACUUUGAACAAUCUUGUCCAUCUGGACUUGUCUAAUAACCAAAUCCAAGGCCCACUCCCCUUCGGCAUAGGCAACCUGACUUCUCUUUCCGUACUGCUCAUGGGAGGUAACAAGUUUGAAGGCAAAAUCCCAAGUGCGAUUGGGCAACUUCGAGAACUCACCGAACUCGAUCUCAGUGAUAAUGGGUUCAAUGGUACCAUUCCAUCCUCUCUUUGGAGGCUGAGUGAGUUGAAAUCCUUGUGUCUAUCUGGCAAUCCAUUGAGCGGGGAGCUGCGUGACAUUCACUUUGCCCAACUCGCACAACUGAAAGAAUUAAGCUUAUCCUCCAAUCGACUCGCUCUGAAUGUGAGUUCCUCGUGGGUCCCACCAUUCCAGCUUGAAUGGAUAUAUAUGAGUUCCAUGAAGAUAGGGCCCAAAUUUCCUCUCUGGCUUCAAACUCAGAAAAGAGUCGAAAGUCUGCUCAUGUCAGAUUCAAGCAUCUCAGAUACUAUCCCAGAUUGGUUUGAGAGUGUGUGUCAUGGUAUAAAAACUUUGGAUUUCUCCAACAAUUACAUCACAGGGAAACCACCCAUGUGCAAAGGUAAUAGUGGUGAUAAAUAUCGCAAAAUGUUUUAUUUGGAUUCCAACAAAUUCGAGGGGCCUUUGCAGUUAUUACCAACAGACAUUUUUGGAUUGAAUCUUCAAAAUAACUCACUGCAUGGGAUUAUUCCACAGCUCGACAUCAACAUGACAUUGGAUGUUCUUCGAGUACUAGAUCUCAGUGAUAACCACUUCAUCGGCAGCAUCCCUGAUUCUUUGUGCAGCUUACAAAUGCUUGUUAUCCUGGAUCUUUCUAACAACCGGCUCUCUGGAAGGAUCCCUUCAUGCAUCGGUAAGCUUAAAACGUUGGGUGUGCUAAAUCUAGCAAACAACAGUCUCUACGGGCACAUUCCAAUUUCACUGGCACAUCUCAAUUAUCUCCAGUCCUUACACUUGAACCGAAACAAUUUUACAGGGAUGCUCCCAUCCUCUCUCAGAUAUCUGAAAAAAUUGCAGUAUCUGGAUCUUGGAAAUAAUGGACUGGAAGGCAUUAUACCAUCUUGGAUUGGGGAUGAACUAUCUCGUCUGAAGAUCCUUGUGCUUGAAUCUAAUAAUUUCCAUGGUGACAUUUCCACGAGUCUCUGCAAAUUAUCAUCCCUUCAGGUUUUAAAAUUGGAAGACAAUAACUUAACUGGACAUAUACCUCGCUGUUUCAACAACUUUACAGCAAUGACAUCGACAGAAUUGGACUCUACACGUAUUUAUGUCCCGAUUGGUGUCCUGAAUUCUGUUGUAGAUGAUGAUAGUGAAGAACUUUCAGUUUUCAUCAAAGGUGUAAUGUUGAACUACACCUCAAGCAAUGUGCGAUAUGUUAGAUUCAUGGGGCUCUCAGGAAACAAACUAAGUGGGGAAAUACCUGUCGAGUUAAUGUCUCUGGUUGGAUUGCAGGGUUUGGAUUUAUCUAGGAACCAUCUAAGUGGAAGAAUCCCAGAAAACAUUGGGGACUUGAAGCAACUUGAGUCUCUAGAUUUAUCCAAAAAUGACCUUUCCGGUCCAAUUCCCCAAAGUUUGUCGAACCUAGAUUCUCUGUGCUGGCUGAACUUAUCGUUCAACGAGCUAACGGGUCCAAUCCCAUCCGGACGUCAUCUGCAGACAUUAGACAACCCAACGUUUUACAUUGGAAACAGUGGACUUUGUGGUGACCCGCUAGACAAAAGCUGCCCUGAUGGUAAAUCAAAUGCCGGAGAAUCUGAUGGUGAUCAUGAGGAUGGCAAGGAGUCUUAUUUUGAUUGGUUUUAUGCUGGUUUGGGACCUGGUUUUGCUGUUGGACUCGUGGGAUUCCUCAGUGUCCUAUGUUUCCAAAAGUCAUGGCGCUAUGCAUACUUCGGAUUUCUGGAGAGCUUGUUCAAUAAAGUAUGGGUAGAAAUUGCAUUGCUAAAAAGGAAGUUUGUUUGA